AUGUUCAAGACAUCUGAGAAAAAUAUGAGCAACGCAGAGAACAGCAUGAAGAGAGAUGGAGUGUUGGGAACGUGGUGGAAUGGAUUUCCAAACGCAUCAUAUCCCAAUCUUCAUCAUUGCCAUCGGUACAAUGAGCAUUUGGCCAUUAACUCCCCUGUAUGGAGGGUCUCUCACACAUCACAUUCUCCUUCGUUAACUUCUUUCGCUGAUGGGCUUCAUAUUUCUCCCCACAGUUCCUCAUACUCAGCUCCAUUUCAGGACAGGAAGCAUCUAACACCCCACGAUCAUCACUCAACUAAAUUGUUGUGGGACCCCGAGUCAUCGGAUUUCCAUAUUGGGAAGAGCAGCAUUGAUAAUCAAGUGGUUGAUCUGGACCUAUCUCAUGAUUUCUAUAGAAUGAACAUUGUGGACGGGCAGGGAAAUGGUAACAAAACAAAGGCAACCGAAGCGGACUCCUACGGAUUUGGAUUUGACGGUUUUUCUUUCGAUAUAAAUAUUCCCCGCGUUAAUGAAACAAGGAACUCCCAUGAAGAUUUUUGCAAUCAAGUUCCCGCACCUAAUUAUGAGUGUAUCUCAUCGUCUACUUGGGGAGUUUCACCGAGUAUGGUUGCUGACAUGAAGUGGGCUAACCAGGCCUCGGAGAAAGGAUGCACUCCUUCCCUCGCGCAUGGUCAAUCAAGCGCUUUGAGUUUGUGCUCUGGUUGGAACAUGAACCAAACAUAUCAAUUGGAGCAAAGCAAGAAACAGGGGAGCAGCAGCUACGAAGGAGAAGUUCAACUGCAGAAGCCAUCUAUCAUCAACCCCUUCCUUUAUGAUGGUUUAACUAGCUCACAACUUUGUGGAAUGGAUUAUGAUGGAAGCAGAAGUGUCGAAAACCCCUUAAGAUUCUCUCAAAUUAUGCACCCCAAGCUAGCUUCACUUCAGGAUACAAACGAAAAAAUAAGGGGAAUUGCUAACUUUGAGCUGCCUGAAUUUCUUUCGUCCAAAAGAGCUGGUGGCGAUCCAGUGGCGUUUCGAUGUGACAAUAGUUUUAUCAUACAAGGAAAAGAUAUAAAUUAUUGCAUAGACAAAGGAUUCAAUUCUAUGAGGGGUAACAAAAAGAAUUCCCUUAAUGAGAUUGCAUUUGCAACUGCGGGGGAGAAAGCUUCUAAACGCAAUUCUUAUACUCCUGGAAGUCAAAUUUAUGGGAAUAAUGGCAGUCUUGUUGGUGAUUUCCCACUGCCCGCACUACUGAAUUUCUGUUCUUUGGCUGAACACCAAGAUUACAUUUACUUUCUGGCAAAGGAUCAGAACGGAUGUCGCUUCCUACAAAGGAUGGUUGAUAAGGGAAACUCUAAGGACAUGCAUAUAGUAUUUGAGGGAAUCAUAGAUAAUGUUGUUGAACUCAUGAUGGACCCUUUUGGUAAUUAUCUUGUGCAGAAGUUACUGGAUGUGUGUAAAGAAGAACAAAAAUUGCAGAUUGUUUCCAUGGUGACUAAAGAACCAGGGCAGCUCGUCAGAAUAUCUUUAAACACGCAUGGCACAAGGGUCAUACAGAAGUUGAUUGAGACACUCAACUCUAGGAAACAAAUUUCAUUAGUGAAGUCAGCCCUUCAAGCAGGUUUUCUUGAUCUUAUUAAGGAUCUGAAUGGAAAUCAUGUGAUACAACGUUGUUUGCAAUGCCUUAGCUGUCAAGAUAAUGAGUUUAUUUUUUAUGCUGCCGCAAAGUUUUGUGUUGACAUAGCUACUCAUCGACAUGGAUGUUGCGUAUUGCAACGUUGCAUUGAUCAUUCGAUCGGCAAAUAUCGAGAUAAGCUGGUCGCAGAAAUAUGCAAACAUGGGCUUCUUCUUGCUCAAGAUCCUUUUGGAAAUUAUGUUGUUCAGUAUAUAAUAGAGAUGGAGAUCCCAACUGCCUCAGCUAAGCUGAUUUGUCAGUUCAAAGGGAACUACGUAAAUCUGUCAACGCAAAAAUUUAGCAGUCACGUGGUUGAAAAAUGCCUUAAGCAUGUUGGAGAGAGCAGAUCAAGGAUCGUCCGAGAAUUGCUGUCUUCACCUCACUUCGAGCAGUUGUUGCAAGAUCCAUACGCCAACUAUGUCAUUCAGUCUGCUCUUGCAGUGACAAAGGGUUCCCUUCAUACGUCUUUGGUUGAAGCAGUUCGUCCUUACAAAAUCUUGCGCACCAGCCCGUAUUGCAAGAGGAUUUUCUCGGGAAAUUUACUGAAGAAGUAG